AUGUUAAAACGCACCCUCGAUCACAGCCAGCAUACUGCUAUCGCCGUCGGAGACGCACUUAGUCUUUUCAAGCGGUCUAGCUCGUUUCCCGAGCCCUGGACAAAAAGUAACGAUACACACGCGAUGAGCCCUUUCGCCUUCGAGAUGAAGCCAAACCCGGUGUUGUUCCAUUACAUCACGCCAUCCACGAACGAUUGCUCGACCAUUUUCACAGCGGACAAACGCUAUCAGCACAUACCCCUCGACCUUUCCCGCAUUGAAAACGAAAGUUCCUUAGGUUCGGAGCGUAGCGCAAGGUCCAAGUCACUAUUGGCUCUGGGUACAGCGCUAUUAGAGAUCGCCUAUCGUGCCGUUGUUGGCUUUGGGAUUGGUGCUUCAGCACACCGCGUAUGUAGCAAGACACGACAGGGAACCGCUACACAGCUUGCGACAAUAAUCAAGCCAAGGAUCAUUGAGAUUGACGAUUUUGCCAAUGUGGACGUUUCAAUUGCAACAACGAACAAUGUUGAUGAACCCCAACCUAAGAAGAUGGAUUAUGAAGUCUCCCAAUCAAGCACAAUGACCACAUUUACCGUAAACACAUUCGCCGUUUCGAGUGCGAUGUGUGCAGCAUGA